GCACAGCAAUGAAAACACCAAGCAGCGCAAAUACUGAUGCUAAGAGCACAGCAAUGAAAACACCAAGCAGCGCAAAUACUGAUGCUAAGAGCACAGCAAUGAAGACAUCAAACAGCGCAAGUACUGAUGCGAAGAGCACAGCCGUGAAGACACUAAACGGCAAAAGCAGCUCAGGUGAAACAUCAACACCCAAAGGAGGAUCAUCUGUGUGCGUAGUAUCCACUCUUUGCCAAUCCACUGACAAAGACACUAAGACUGUACACAACACACUACACCCUCCUAGUGUGCCACAAGAAGAGAUCACUGUGGGCAUGACUGUCCUGGCCAGGAGGAGGGCCAUCUGCUGGAAAUGGGGGAAAAUCACUGAAAUUGUAGAAAGGGAAGAUAAUGUGGUGAAAUAUAAAGUCAGUUUUGAGGAGAAAGGGAAGGUGCUUGUCUCUGGACAUCACAUUGGUUUUCAGUGCGUGCCAAAGGUGACUCAGCUGUUUGUCGGUAGUCGUGUGGUGGUCAAAUGUCCAGGUGACGAGCCCAAGUUUUGCCCUGGUAUCCUGUCAGAGCUUCCCACCAGGAAAAACCGCAUGAGGUUUCUGGUCUUUCUUGAUGAUCACGCAUCAAUCUAUGUUGGUUUGCCUUUACUUCAUCUGGUGUGCAGGCCAUUGACGGACCCUUUGGACGAUAUUCCGGACAACACACUCAGGGAUUUCAUUAGGGACUAUUUGAAGGCCUGGCCUUACCCGCCCCUGUCCCAGUACAGUGUUGGACGGCCCAUUAAUAUAGAGCUAAAUGGAGUCCUGAAGAAAUGUGAGGUGGUGCAGGUUGAUAGCAGUUUGAUACAGGUUGUUUUUCAGGAGGAUCAACAUAAAGAAUGGAUAUACCGAGGUUCCACGCGCUUGGAACACAUAAUUAGUAUUAAGGAGAAAUUGAAGUUGAAAAAGGAUUAACCGCAAAAGAUGCUUUCUUCAGGCAAUGGAGACCUGGACACCUGUGCAUCUUCUCUGGCUGUGUUGGUUAAGAGCAUACACAUUAUAGUGAUCUUCCACCUGCAGAUAUGGCUGUGUUAUGCAUGUGCUAAAGCGGCCAGAUCAAAGUACAGACAUUUGGCAGGGUCUCAUUAUAACCUGCUGUGAGAGAGUUGGCUCCAGAGAGAAUCCCUUGUGAUCAAACCUGCUCGGCGUGUGACAAGUGACCCACAAUUUCAGACUGUGACCACUAUGCCAAAAUCUCUUCACACACACUCUUUGUUGUUGACAUUCGGUUUAGCAGUGUUCCUGCAGACUGGUGAUGGGACCAUGGAUGGGACUCACUCAAGUAUCUAUCUCAUUGGAGUGGCUGAGAAUUGUCCAUUGUGUUUUAACCUUGAAGUAUUGCACAUAUUUAUUCAUGAGCAUUUGUUGAUGUUGUCUGUAUUUUGAAAUAA